GAUAUCUGAGUAUAGUUCAAUUCUCCGCCGAGUGUAGAGGUGCACUUUGGUGACGAUCUCCGCUCAAAAUCCGACAGCUUUCAGGAGACAGCUUCGGCGUACUAGAACCACCUCAAAGUCAAGAUUGUACUCAUCCAAUUUCGGAGGGGAUGGGCGCAGUCAGAGCAGAAGUAGCAGGUAUAGCAGCCAGAACACAUCGUCUACCUGGGCUAGCGGACCGCCUGGCAGUGUGGAUGACGACCGCCCUGCCUCUCCUAACAGUGUCAGGCAGCAGAAACUGGAUAGACAGCGUGCGUUGUUAGAGAAGAAGCAGCGCGAGCGGCGGUCCCAGCCUGGCAUGGUCCUGGCCAGCGACGAACCGCGGGGAAGCUCGGCCAGAUCACGGCGCAACCGGGACGAAACCAGACCGCUCAUGUACGGACACAACAGUAAAAACACCAUGUACCACGAUCGGGACGACUCUUACGAAAUGGUUGACUCCAAACAAGGAAUUGACGGGCCGGCUUCGUACAUGUUGAACAACGAGGGGAGCUCGACCAACGUGCAGGUCCUGCGCGUGGGGUCAAGUCUGGACGUGGAUGACCUGGAGGAACCGUCUAGAAUACAGCAGCGCUCCAACACCACUGAAACAGAGCGCAAACUGGCAGCCAUGGGAAUUUCAUCUAGUGUCAGUUACGACGACCUGAGCGACGAGGAACCAGAGUCGGAGAGCCAGCCCGUUGCCACGCCGACCGCCACCACCGCCGUGCCCGUCGCCGCAACCAGUUCCUCCCGCCCCUCCAGCUCCAGCUCAGGCUCCAAGAAACCAGGAACGCCGCAAGAAACGAGCAACGGCGCCAGUAAGCCCAACGCCAACGCUAACGCCAACGCCACGGGACCGCCGCAGGUGGACAUCGAUAACCUGGAGGAGUUUGUUCUGAAGCCGGCGCCGCAGGGCCACACCGUCAAGUGCCGCAUCACCCGCGACAAGAAGGGCAUGGACCGCGGCGUGUUCCCCACAUACUACCUGCACAUGGAGAGGGAUGAUGGGAAAAAGGUUUUCCUUCUUGCUGGACGGAAAAGGAAGAAGAGCACGACGUCAAACUACCUGGUGUCUGUUGACGCUACAGACUUGUCACGGGGAGGGGAGAGCUAUGUGGGGAAACUUAGAUCCAAUAUGCUUGGCACUAAGUUCACCAUAUUUAGCCGUGGCGUGGCGCCGGAUUCCAACAUGGCGAUGCCGGACGCCUCCAACAUGCGAGAAGAGCUAGCUGCUGUUUGCUAUGAAACUAACGUCCUGGGUUUCAAGGGACCCAGAAAAAUGACGGUUAUUAUUCCGGGAAUGACGUUGGACCACGAACGAGUUGCCAUCAAACCAAGAAACGACAGUGAAAGUCUGCUGAGCAGAUGGCAGCACAGAAACAUGGACAGCAUUCUGGAACUACACAACAAGACCCCCGUGUGGAAUGAUGACACCCAGUCGUAUGUGCUAAACUUCCAUGGCCGUGUCACACAGGCGUCUGUCAAGAAUUUCCAGAUUGUCCACGACAAUGAUCCGGAGUACAUUGUGAUGCAGUUUGGUCGCGUGGCAGAAGACGUCUUCACCUGCGACUACAACUACCCCCUGUGUGCCGUCCAAGCCUUCUCCGUCGCUCUCAGCAGUUUUGACGGAAAGCUCGCCUGUGAAUAAUAAAUGCCAGAAGUACCGUCUGCCCAGAGCAAUAGAUUUGAUAGGAAGAGAAAUGGGGGAGGGGGGCAGAAUACUUACAUGUACAGUCAAACCUGUCUAAUGUAACCAAUUAGCUUGGUCGCAGUUGCCACUAUAGAGUGUUUUCAUGGACAUGGGAGCAGAUGCAGCAUUCUGCAUUUUCGUGAAUCGUAGCUCAAAUGUUUUUGAACAUCUAGAGGUUUUCUGACCCUCAUAAGUAACCUUAAUUAAUGUGUAUACACGUAGCUUGUCAAAGAAGAUAAUAUCAGAAGAGUGCUUAUAAAUGUUUGUUAAUAACACACAAAAAUGCUGUUUAAUCUUGAGAAAUGAAGGACACCAAAAUGUUGGUUUGCAACUGUCUGCUUCAAUGGAAAACAGCAUGGAAAAUGCUCAAUUGAUUGAGAAAAAUGGGGAAAAUUAUCUAAGGGACCACCAAAAAGUGGCUACAAUAGCCAGGAGUCUUUCCACAGAAGUGGUUACUGGUGCGGGUUUGACUGUACAUCUGUCACCUUCACAAAUGUUUUUGGAAUGAAAACUCUUUACAUGUGUUUUACAAAGCCACAUCCAUAUCACUCUGAAUCAUGCAUUGCGGCCAAGAUACUUAAUUUUUUCCAAUUAUUAUCAUCAUUCACUUAGUCAUAAUUUUUUAACAAAAUAAGCAUUCCAGCACUUUUAGAAUAUAUGGUUUAAUUUCUAUAAAUAGAAACCAUUACCUAUGGUUUUCUAAAAAUAGUAACCAUCACUAAGGCCACUAAGCUGUCAUGAGCUGGUCAUGUGACAAUCAUUCUCCAGACAUGUGAUCAUCACAUGAUCACUGUCCUCACCAAUAGACAUUCCUUUUUUGAAAAAGAUCACUGACAUUUAUGUAUCAUUUUUACAAAUUUCUAAACAUAGUAAUUGAUAAAGCAUUCUGUCCCCCAACUUGAAACUAGAUAACAUACAUGUAUUCUCACAUGUACCUAAUAAUACAUGUAGCAUUGUAAUGUGUGAAAAAGAAAUUGUAAGCUAUCUUGUACAGUAAAUUUGUCAGGAAAUUUUUGUUGAAGAAAGGACACAGUAAGACCAUGCUUACUGUCUGGCCAUGUGAUAGGCUUGUUAAAAUUAAGUUGGUUGUAUUUUUCAUGUAUUAUGACCAGAAAUGUGUGUGUAUAACAGCUAGCAAGCAGGUUUUGUAGCUUUUGAAUGUGUUGUUUAAUAAGCUUAUUUUGACACAAAAAAAAUUGAGAGGACCAUGUAAGAAAAUGCUGACAAGAAUCAGUGUUAAAACAGCUAGAAUUUGACAAAAUGCUUCUUUAGAAUGCAGAGUUAGUACGUCCACUAUUGUGUCAUUGUGGGUCACUAUAGUUUAGCGUGGCAUUUAACACACACACACACAAAAGUACUUAAAUUGUCAGAUUUUUACAUAUGGAGGACCAAAAUUGUUGGCCUAUAUAUCUCAAUAUAUAUAUAUUCCAACAUUGAUGAGUGAAAUGUGGAAAAAUUACUUCAGAACCAUUGCUGCAUUAUGUUGUGACAGCUUUCUCGUAGCUUUUGUGAUUUUUAAGCCAUCUCUUCUCAAAGGUAACAAUUGUUUUGAAGGCGUUGUCGGUAGCAUUUUCUCAACAGCAGUAAGCUAUUGGAUUGAGUCCAAGUUGUACAAGAUUGUCAACAGUUAUAGAAUGGCCACUGUAGUCAGGAUGCCUGGGUCAAAGAAAAAAAUAUUUCUAAGGGAGCAUGAAAAAUUGGCCAGGUGGCCACCAGGUUUGAAUGUGUUCAUAUCAAAAGUGAUUAUCUUUCAUUGUCUAAACACAUCUAAGCGUGUAACAAAUAUGAAUAUGGGACCCAUAGCUAAAGCUGAUUUUCAUAAAUUUUUCUUUUGUUGUACUGGAAUAUUUUGAAUUUCAACAGAAAAUUUGUGAAUUUCAAAGGAAGAGCAGUUCUGUACUUAGACAUGACUUUGUGUAAGAAGGAAUGCACAUUGUAUGGGCACUUGAAAAGACUCUAUUUUGUAGGAAUACUUGUACAAAGGCUUUGCAGAUUUGAUGUAAAAAUAUGAAAGCAUCUGGCAUAGGGGCAAGCUCUGUAAAGGUCAUAGGUUGCUUAUAGGUCAUAGGUCAGAAAACCUUACCCUUUGACCCCAUUUUGUUGAAAUAUAUUGUCUGCAUAUGUUAGUCAGCACUACAUGUACAUGCUAGUGGGGAAAAAGGCUGGACAACUUUCUUUCUGAACAGAAAAAGAGUAAUACUGCAUUUGUUUGAUCAUACCACUAGAAGAUAAUAUUUUGGAGGUGUACACGUUUUUGAAAGUGCGAAAGCCACUUGGUUUGCCAGACAACUGACAAUAAUUUAAAAGCUGCAUACUAUAGUAUUUGUGACUCUUUCCGGACAAAACCAACAGUUAAAGUAUGUGUCAUUGGUGUGUGUUAAAAUCAAUUGUAUAUUUUAAUAACUAAAGAUGUGUAGAAGAUGAUCUUUGUCUAUGACAAAACAACCAAGAAGACUCAUCAAAACUAUUACUACAGAUAUAUACACUAUAUAGAUUGUGUUAUUAUUAUGAUAGUUUUUGUGCAUAAUUUUUGUUGGGACUCUAACCUUUUCUCAAAUGGAUUCAGGAAAAGGCCAUGAUUAUUGGGACCAGGUCAGUAAGUGUAAAGGUCAAAUUGGUAUUUAGGACAAAGUUGAAAGGUCAUGUCCCAGCAGAUUAUCAUUGGUAUCACCGCAAGUGUUUUUGACAAGAGCAUUUUUCUCAUAUAAGGAUGUAUUAGUGAUUUUGCCGUUGUUAUUUUUCUGUUUUAUUGUAAUUAUGACAUAACUUUGCAUUGUUAUCUGUUGAUGUACAAUGUGAGAGUCUUGUAUUACUAGUAAUUCACCGAUCAUUUGGUAAAAAGCUUGCCUGGCCAUUUUGUUAACGUUGCUGGAAGGUCAUCAUCAAGCUGCAGUUCAUUCUGCAAUUACUAGGUGUCGCAACUGCAUUGACCUUUUCUGAGUUAGCAUGUUCUGUAGCUGUGAAUGUAUUUGUACUGUAUCACGUGCAGUCGUGGUAAACUGAUGUGUAGGAAUCUUUACCCACUCUGACCAACGAUUUUCACUUAAGUACACAAAGCAAUGGCAAUGAAUGUACAUUAUAUCCCUGUAUCACCAAGACAUUCCAUCAAGGAUCUUUAAGAAAGUUUGUUUGGUUCACCUGUGUCUUACAGGUGACUUGCUCAUGUGCCUGUGUUUUGAAAAUGCUGCAUUAUUGCGUAUAAGACAUGUAGAAUAAAAAAUUAGCGGAUGCUU